CCAAGCAUCCAAGCAUCCAAGGGAAAACAUAUCAAAAUAUACUUUCCUUUCCUUUCUUUACAUUCAUAUACAUGUAUAUUCAUUCCAUCUUCAUAAAUACCGUCCAUUUCCCUUCACGACGACAAUGUCAUCAAAUAUCAUCGGCAUCCCGUCGAAUCUUCAUUCUCUAUCACUACUACUACUCCUACUCUGCUUCCUCCCAUUCAAUUCUUACCAUCCAGACCAUCCAGACCAUCCAGGGACCGUACCCUACCUCUUACCUACCUAGCUCACAUCAUUGCCAAUUCCAUCGAGAAUCAUAUUAAAAGCUUCAAACUCCACCAGACUCUCGGUCCCGAGAUAAAGUCCGACUUUGUACCCAAAUCCAACCACUCCAUCAAUCCGGGUGACAUACAAUUUUUAUUUCUUUUGCCAAGCCUUCAAUUCUUUUCAAUUCCAAUAUAAGCAUAAUUGUGACAUUCAUUCUCUUCUAUUUCUCUCUUGAAUUGCAUGAAAAAAAGAACAUCCGUACACAAGAAAGUCGAAAGUCGAAAGUGAUCACCACAGUCCAGCCCUUACUUCGUUCGUUCCCGGUACCCCUCGCCCUUUCCUGCAUACGCGAAAUCCUCCACUCACGCGUAUAAAUUCUAGCUUGGCUAUGCGACAAACCUUCGCAUUUACAACCGCAGCCAUGGCAGCAGCUUUAGAAGAUACCCCCGUUUCCUACGAAGAUUUGGCUGAAAUUGAAAGGGAAUUUGAUGAUGUUGAAACGGAAAUCAUUCGACAACAAGUUUCCCUCACACAACCUCUGUAUACCCGUCGCAACAAAACUAUCUCUCAGAUUCCCAAUUUCUGGGCCCUGGUACUCGAACAAGCUCCUCCAGAUAUAGAUCAAUAUAUUCAACCUUCCGAUUCCGCUCUUCUACUUUCCUCACUUACAUCUCUGCAUGUAUCGCAUUUCGAACUCGAAGAUCCACAGUCCACCAAGGGCGGAGAUCCCAGAUCUGUAUCAAUUACAUGGACUUUCUCUCCAAAUGAAUAUUUCACAGAUGAGACAUUGGUCAAGAAGUUCUGGUAUCGAAAGAGUCUUGGAGGUUGGUGUGGUUUGGUCAGUGAACCUGUUAGGAUUCAUUGGAAAAAGGGAAAAGAUUUAACCGGAGGUUUAUUGGAUAUGGUUUGUGAUGCUUGGGAUGCAGAACGAAAGGAAAAUUCGAAAAUGACUCCACAACACAAAUCUCUCGAGAAGAAAAUGAGCAAUACAAGUAUGGGAGGUUUAAGUUUCUUCGCAUGGUUUGGAUUUAUUGGUCGUAAAGUUAGUGAGGAAGAAAGUAAAGAAGCAAAUGCGAGAGAUUCAGCAAAGAGGGAAGCUAGAAAAAAUGGAAAGAAGGUGGUUGAAUCGGAUAAUGAUGAGGUUGAGGAAGAUGAUGAAGAUGAUGAAGAUGAUUUGGGAAUGAAAUUGGAAAUCUUUCCAGAUGGUGAUGAUCUUGCUAUUGCUAUUACGGAAGAUUUGUGGCCUGGUGCUAUCAAAUAUUUAGUUCAAAUGCAUUACCAUAUAAUUAUAGCCGCAGCACAAGAGCAAGAUGCACUAUCAGAUGCCGAUUUUGAAUCAGAUGAUGAUGAUGAUGAUGAUGAUGAUGAUGAUGAUGACGAUGAUGAUGAAGAAGAAUUGAAUGAAGCAGAGAGACCAAAUAAGAAACAAAGAUCUUCUUAA